AGGAGAAAGAAGACGUCGCCGCCACCGGAGGCGGAGGGGGAGGACGGACGGCCGAGAGCGUCGCCGCCGGUGCCCAACGGUCGGUGUCCCCGGCUGAGGCAGCGCGGCCGCAGCAGCCCUGGUCAUCUGAGAAAUUGUUGGAACCUUGAGGCAUUUCAGUUGUCAGGCUUGAUCUGUGGAUGAAAUGAAUCAUGAUUUUCAAGCUCUUGCAUUAGAAUCUCGGGGAAUGGGAGAGAUGCAGAGAGAGAAAGUCCAGUCACUCCUUUGGGCCACAAGAGGGCACCCUGCAGCUAGCUAACCCUCCCUUUCUUCAGAACAGCGUUUUCCAAAGAGUUUGUCAUUUUCAGAGGACUGAUUUAAGGGCAGCAGGGAACCUUCUGGGAUUUCCUUCUUUGCCUGUCUCUCUCUCACCAGUCUUCUCCUCCUUUACUGACAGCUUUUGCCUACCAAAAAGUUUUGGGAACCUGAUGAUUCAACAAAAGAUGGACAAAAAGGCAUAUUUCUUGGGGACGAUGAAUGGAGAGAGACUGCAUGGGGAACUUCUCAUCAUUCAAUGUCCCAGCCUAUUAUGGUACAGAGAAGAUCUGGACAGAGUUUUCAUGGAAACAGUGAAGUAAAUGCAAUUCUUUCUCCGCGCUCAGAAAGUGGAGGCCUUGGUGUGAGCAUGGUAGAAUAUGUAUUAAGUUCCUCUCCUGCUGAUAAAUUGGAUUCUCGAUUUAGGAAGGGAACUUUUGGUACUAGAGAUGCUGAAACAGAUGGACCUGAGAAAGGAGAUCAAAAAGGCAAGGCUUCUCCAUUUGAGGAGGACCAAAACAGAGAUCUUAAACAAGAUGAGGAGGACUCUAAAAUAAAUGGCAGAGGUUUGCCAAAUGGAAUGGAUGCCGAUUGCAAAGAGUUUAAUCGUACUCCCGGAAGUCGGCAAGCCUCUCCAACUGAAGUAGUUGAGCGCCUUGGCCCUAGCACUAACUCCCCAGAAGGAUUGGGUCCUCUUCCUAAUCCGACAGCUAAUAAACCACUUGUUGAAGAAUUUUCAAAUCCUGAAACUCAGAAUCUGGAUGCCAUGGACCAAGUUGGUCUGGAUUCCUUACAGUUUGACUAUCCUGGUAAUCAGGUUCCCAUGGAUUCUUCAGGAGCUACUGUUGGCCUUUUUGACUACAAUUCCCAGCAGCAGCUCUUUCAGAGAACUAAUGCACUAACAGUUCAGCAGUUAACUGCAGCUCAACAGCAGCAAUAUGCAUUAGCAGCAGCUCAGCAGCCACAUAUAGCUGGUGUAUUCUCAGCAGGCCUUGCUCCAGCUGCAUUUGUGCCAAACCCAUAUAUUAUUAGUGCUGCUCCUCCAGGGACCGAUCCGUACACUGCAGCAGGGUUGGCUGCAGCAGCAACAUUAGCAGGUCCAGCAGUGGUUCCACCACAGUAUUACGGUGUUCCAUGGGGGGUGUAUCCAGCCAAUUUAUUUCAGCAACAAGCUGCAGCUGCGGCAAACAACACAGCCAAUCAGCAAGCAGCAUCACAAGCUCAGCCUGGACAGCAGCAGGUUCUUCGUCCUGGAGCAGGACAGCGUCCUAUUACUCCCAGUCAGGGGCAGCAAGGGCAGCAAGCAGAGUCACUUGCAGCAGCUGCAGCUGCAAACCCAACUUUGGCUUUCGGUCAGGGUCUUGCUGCUGGCAUGCCAGGCUAUCAAGUACUAGCUCCAACUGCCUAUUAUGAUCAGACUGGUGCCUUAGUGGUUGGCCCUGGAGCAAGAACUGGCCUUGGAGCUCCAGUACGAUUAAUGGCUCCAACACCUGUCUUAAUUAGUUCAGCAGCUGCACAAGCUGCAGCAGCAGCAGCAGCUGGAGGAACUGCGAAUAGUCUUACAGGCAGCACAAAUGGUCUAUUUCGGCCAAUUGGCACUCAGCCACCGCAGCAGCAGCAGCAACAGCAGCCGAGCACUAACCUGCAGUCUAACUCAUUUUAUGGGAGCAGCUCUUUGACUAAUAGCUCCCAGAGCAGCUCUUUAUUUUCUCAUGGUCCUGGCCAACCUGGAAGUGCAUCUCUUGGCUUUGGAAGUGGUAGCUCUUUGGGAGCUGCGAUAGGCUCAGCCCUCAGUGGAUUUGGCUCGUCAGUUGGCAGUUCUGCAAGUAGUAGUGCCACAAGGAGAGAGUCUCUAUCUACUAGCUCUGACUUGUACAAAAGAUCUAGUAGCAGCCUAGCACCCAUAGGGCAACCAUUUUACAAUAGUCUGGGAUUUUCCUCCUCUCCAAGUCCAAUAGGCAUGCCUCUGCCAAGCCAAACUCCAGGACAUUCACUUACGCCACCGCCAUCACUUUCAUCACAUGGAUCCUCAUCCAGUUUGCAUUUAGGAGGACUGACAAAUGGUAGUGGUCGGUAUAUCUCUGCGGCCCCUGGGGCAGAAGCCAAGUACCGAAGUGCUUCAAGCACUUCCAGUCUAUUUAGCUCCAGCAGCCAGCUCUUUCCUCCUUCUCGGCUCCGCUAUAAUAGAUCUGAUAUCAUGCCCUCCGGCCGCAGUAGGCUAUUAGAAGAUUUCAGGAACAACCGCUUCCCCAACCUUCAGCUCAGAGACUUGAUUGGACAUAUAGUCGAGUUUUCUCAAGACCAGCAUGGCUCGAGAUUCAUACAGCAAAAGCUAGAGAGAGCUACUCCAGCUGAACGGCAGAUGGUAUUUAAUGAAAUUCUACAGGCAGCCUAUCAAUUAAUGACAGAUGUUUUUGGGAACUAUGUUAUACAGAAGUUUUUUGAGUUUGGAAGUUUGGAUCAGAAAUUAGCCCUGGCUACUCGUAUUCGUGGUCAUGUUCUACCAUUAGCCUUGCAAAUGUAUGGUUGUCGUGUUAUUCAAAAAGCAUUAGAGUCUAUUUCUUCUGAUCAGCAGGUAAUUAGUGAAAUGGUCAAGGAGCUAGAUGGUCAUGUGCUCAAGUGUGUGAAAGAUCAGAAUGGAAACCAUGUUGUACAAAAAUGUAUUGAAUGUGUUCAGCCACAGUCACUGCAGUUCAUCAUUGAUGCUUUCAAAGGACAAGUGUUUGUGCUUUCAACACAUCCUUACGGCUGCAGAGUCAUUCAGCGAAUCUUGGAGCACUGCACUGCAGAGCAGACCUUACCAAUCUUAGAAGAGCUUCACCAACACACAGAGCAGCUAGUACAGGAUCAGUAUGGCAAUUACGUUAUUCAGCAUGUAUUGGAACACGGUCGACCUGAAGACAAGAGCAAAAUUGUUUCUGAAAUCAGAGGAAAGGUGUUAGCCCUGAGUCAACACAAAUUUGCCAGCAACGUAGUAGAAAAGUGUGUUACUCAUGCUUCCCGUGCUGAGAGAGCUUUACUGAUUGACGAGGUUUGCUGUCAGAAUGAUGGUCCUCACAGUGCCUUAUACACCAUGAUGAAGGAUCAGUAUGCCAAUUAUGUGGUUCAGAAGAUGAUUGAUAUGGCUGAACCUGCUCAGAGAAAGAUAAUCAUGCACAAGAUUCGACCUCACAUUACUACUCUUCGCAAAUACACAUAUGGGAAGCAUAUACUGGCCAAGCUGGAAAAAUAUUAUUUGAAAAAUAGCCCAGAUCUAGGGCCUAUUGGAGGACCACCAAAUGGAAUGCUGUAAGGGAAAACAGAAGAUGAUUUAACCAUGUUCAAAGAAUGGGUUUUCUUUGUGAAUUAUCAAAACACAAUUCAACUAUGGAUCUUUGAUUUUUUUUUUUUAAAGCAAAACUAUUUAUUGACUUCAUCCAUUUGUAAAUUUUUAAGGUUCUUGUGUAUAUUUAGGGGGUGGGGGUGGUGAAUUAUAAAUUAUAUUCAGCCCUGAGUGGAGACCUAUCAGAUUGGAUUUCUGGUGAAGCACAGAAUGCCUGUACAUGAUGUAACUGUAUCCCCCACACACACAAAAAAAAAAAAGACAAAAAAGAAAAAAGUUGUCACAUAUUUUGUAAAUUUAUACCUUGUAAAGUCACAAAAAAAAAUAGUUUUUAAAGGGAAAAGUACAGUAUUUUAAUAAACUGGCUUGCAGUCUGGUAGGUCUACAACCCCAUAGCACAACAGGUUUAUAGAGAUGUAUAUAGAAUUAUAGUUCUUAUUUUUUUCCUUUGUGUGAAGCCUUUUAUAACAGAUUAACAAUCAACUGCAUAAAUAUUAUUAAUAUUUUAAAAGGAAAGUUAAGUUGUAUUUUGGUAAUUCACAAACUAUCAUGCAAAGAAAAACUCAGACAAGAAUAAAAUCAUUUGAGAUAACAUUAUUUACAGUGGAUGUGGUUUUAAUAAAAUUACUGCCCUAUAAUGUCCCUGGCAAUGUAUAGAAGAAUUGUAUAUACUUAUAAUUGUAAUGAGUUAGAAAACAAAAUCAUGGUGGCACUUCCGUUCAGUUAAACUGCACUGAAUGAAAAGUUAACUUUCACACUAACUUUUCAAUUUGGUUUGCAACAAUAACGGAUGGAUAAUUUUGUUCUAAAUUACAGAAUUACAAGACUGUUGAGGAAGUGUUGGUUUAUUCUGCGUUUUCAUAGUAGAUACAUAAAGUAGGAACCCGAUAGAGGUGAAAGAGGCCACUGAAAAGUGAGCUGAUAGCUCAGCAUUUACGCAUGAUUGCAUAUUCAGAGAGCUUUUUUUUCCUU